GAUCAGAGAGUAAAGUAUUGCAGAAAAGUACUAGGUGAGGUGAAGUGGAGCAGGGUUUGUCUGGUCCCGUUCCUAUCCCAUAUCUGUUCUUCGUCAACUACGAACGAGAGGCUUGCGCUCCAGUGCUGUUCAUAGUCGCACACCCAUCCUGCCAUCCAUGAUAAAGACUUGACGGCAAGACACAUCAGCGGCGCAUGAUCAUUGACAAAUCACCGGCCCACGACAACUGCUCCGACAUAGUAGAUCGCACGAGCAAAAAGUGCCACACUACUCCCACUCAAUCCCACCCAGAAAUCAUCUCCACACACCAUGUCCAUCUCCAUGUCCGUGGAGAUCCCCAUGGAUCAGCCGGUCUCCAGCUCCACCCCACUUCGGGGCGCCGUCUGCGACGUGGUCGACGACGAGGACGAGGCGGCGCCGCCUCCGGCCAAUGCUAGGCCCACGCGCGUGCUCAUCUCGCCCAUCGUGCCUAUCCCCGCGGACGGCGGCGCUUCGGCUGAUGCUGCGCUGCCGCCGGCGUACACCGGCGUGCUGUACCUGCACCGCCACAAGUGGCCCGCCGUGGACGACGACCCCGGCAAGAAGCGGGAGAAGUGGCUCAAGGAGAUGCGCGGCUGGCUCAUGGUGCUCGCCGUGCUCGCCGCCUCCGUCACCUACCAGGCCGGGCUCAACCCGCCCGGCGGCUUCUGGCAGCAGGACGACGCGCAGGGCAACGUCGCCGGCACGCCCGUGCUCCAGUCCAAGUUCCCCAAGCGGUACACCGUUUUCUUCUACUUCAACUCGACGGCGUUCGUGACGUCGGUGGUGAUCAUCGUCCUGCUCAUGAACGAGUCCUUCUACCACUCGGAGGCCAAGGUGGAGGCGCUGGAGAUCAUCGUCGUGCUGGACAUGGCGGGACUCAUGGGCGCCUACAUCGCCGGCUGCACCCGCGAGGUGUCCUCCUCCAUCUACAUCAUCGUCCUCACACUCGUCGUCUUCCUCUACGUCGUCUACACGGCGCAGUUCCUGCCCAAGCUCUGGGGCCUAGUCGUUGACGUGCCCUUCCUCCACAAAGCGGCCCAGGGGGGCGCGCUGCCCGUGCCGCAGAACAUCCUGGACGGGGCCAGGCCGCGGACCGACACCAUCGGCCGGACCAAGUCGGCGCCGCCGCGUUAGGUAGGAAUGUAGUAGGAUUAAUAAUUGGUCGUCACAGUCACAGUUCGCAGCAGAGGAAUGAAUCAGUGGUCAUGUUCCCUAGAGCUUUACCACUGCAACCAACUGUCAGUCCGCACUUUACGUAGAUGUAUGUGUUGCCAAAACCAACUGUUAUAGACCGUGCUUGAUACAACUUGUUUUUAUAAAGUUUAACAUAAGGUUGAUAUA